CCUCCUUGGUCAGAAGCUUCCGAGAGGCAGCCAAACAGAACACAUCUUGUCCCUCGGGCAGAGGCGGGCCAGUCCCCGAGGUGGUCUCCCGGGUAGCGCUUUCUUCCCGACCUCAGGCACCGAGGCGCUCUGGCGUUCGGGAUCUGGAGGGCGCUAGGACCCGGCGGGGCGGAGGGGCAGCCCGUGUGCUGCGAUUCGCUCCCUCCCGCCCCGCGCUCCCGCUCCAUUGUCUGGGAACUGCAGCCGCGGGCGGGCGGCGGCGGGGACCCAGCCGGCCGGGUCGGGCCGGCGCGGAGCGGGCGCGGGAGAUGCCGGGCCGGAGCGCGGCCGCUUGAACCGCCCCGCCUGGUCCCCGCCUUCCGUGGGGAGGAUGCGCGCCCGGAUGGCGGGGCGCGCGGCGGUGGCCCCCCGGGGACCCUGCGGCCCCUGGCUCUGCCUCCUGGUGGCCCUCGCCCUGGACGUCGUGAGAGUGGACUGUGACCAGGACCCCCUGGACCCUGUCUACCUGCCAGCAGCCCUGGAGCUCCUGGAUGCUCCUGAGCACUUCCGUGUGCAGCAGGUGGGCCACUACCCACCUGCCAACUCCUCUCUGGGCUCCCGAUCUGAGACCUUUCUGCUCCUGCAGCCCUGGCCCAGGGCCCAGCCACUUCUCCGGGCCUCCUACCCGCCUUUUGCCACUCAGCAGGUGGUCCCUCCUCAGCUCACUGAGCCCCACCAAAGGCCAGUCCCGUGGGACGUGCGGGCUGUCUCAGUGGAGGCAGCCGUGACUCCAGCAGAGCCCCAUGCCCGGGUCCUCUUCCACCUCAAAGGGCAAGAUUGGCCGCCAGGGCCUGGCAGCCUGCCUUGUGCCCGUCUGCAUGCCACACACCCUGCGGGCACUGCCCACGGAGCCUGCCGCUUCCAGCCAUCCCUGGGCGCCUGCGUGGUGGAGCUGGAGUUCCCCUCACACUGGUUCUCGCAGGGCUCCACCACACGGGCUGAGCUGGCCUACACGCUGGAGCCCGCGGCGGAGGGCCCUGGGGGCUGUGGCCCCAGUGGGGAAGAUGACCCCAGGGAGCAGGCCCUGCCAGUGGGUGGUGUGGAGCUGCGCCCGGCAGACCCUCCACAGUACCAGGAGGUACCCCUGGAUGAGGCUGUGACUCUGCGGGUGCCCGACGUGCCAGUGCGGCCUGGCCAGGUCUUCAGUGCCACCCUCCUGCUUCGGCACAAUUUCACUGCCAGCCUCCUGACCCUGCGGAUCAAGGUAAAGAAAGGGCUGCACGUGAAGGCCGCCCGCCCAGCCCAGCCCACCCUCUGGACUGUCAAGCUGGACCGCUUCAAGGGCUCCAAGCACCACACCACCCUCAUCACCUGCCACCGCGCCGGGCUCACAGAGCCAGACUCCAGCCCCCUCGAACUCUCCGAGUUCCUGUGGGUGGACUUUGUGGUGGAGAAUGGCACGGGUGGGGCCGUGACGGUCACUCGCCCCGUCACGUGGCAGCUGGAGUACCCAGGUCAGGCCCCCGAAGCAGAGAAAGACAAAAUGGUGUGGGAAAUCCUGGUGUCGGAGCGGGACAUCAGAGCCCUCAUCCCACUGGCCAAGGCUGAGGAGCUGGUGAAUACGGCACCACUGACUGGAGUGCCCCGGCGUGUCCCUGUGCGUCUUGUCACCGUGGACAGCGGGGGUGCCCUGGUAGAGGUGACAGAGCACAUCGGCUGCGAGUCGGCCAACAUGCAGGUGCUGCAGGUGUCUGAGGCCUGCGAUGCCGUGUUCGUGGCUGGCAAGGAGAGCCGGGGAGGUCGGGGGGUGCGGGUGGACUUCUGGUGGCGCCGGCUCCGGGCGUCGCUGCGGCUGACCGUGUGGGCCCCGCUGCUGCCCCUGCGCAUUGAGCUGACAGACACCACCCUGGAGCAGGUCCGCGGCUGGAGGGUACCUGGCCCAGCUGAAGGGCCCGCGGAGCCGGAGGCGGAGGCGGCGGAGGAGGAGCGGCGCGCCCGCGGCUGCCGCCUGCAGUACCAGCGCGCCGGAGUGCGCUUUCUCGCCCCCUUCGCGGCCCACCCGCUGGACGGCGGCCGCCGCCUCACUCACCUGCUCGGCCCCGACUGGCUGCUAGACGUGUCCCACCUGGUGGCACCGCACGCCCAUGUGCUGGACCCGCGCGUCGCCUCGCUGGAGGGCGGCCGCGUCCUGGUGGGCCGGGAGCCAGGUGUCACCUCCAUCGAGGUGCGUUCCCCGCUGUCUGACUCCAUUCUGGGGGAGCAGGCACUGGCUGUGACGGACGACAAAGUCUCGGUGCUGGAACUGCGGGUGCAGCCGGUGAUGGGCAUCUCAUUGGCCCUGAGCCGGGGCACUGCCCACCCUGGGGAGGUCACAGCCACAUGCUGGGCACAGUCAGCCCUUCCCACCCCAAAGCAGUGGUCUCUGUGUGCAUGCGUGCGUGCCCUCGCGUGUCUCUGCCUGUGUCUGUGUGCCCCACAGGAGGUGGCCCUCUCCCUGUGGCUGUCUUUCUCUGACCACACCCUGGCCCCCGCUGAGCUCUACGACCGUCGUGACCUGGGACUGUCCGUCUCGGCAGAGGAGCCUGGUGCUGUCCUGCCAGCUGAGGAGCAGGGUGCCCAGCUCAGGGUGGUGGUGAGUGGGGCAGGCGCCGAGGGGCUGCCCCUGCACGUGGCUCUGCACCCACCCGAGCCCUGCCGCCGGGGCCGCCACCGUGUGCCCCUGGCCUCUGGCACCGCCUGGCUGGGGCUGCCCCCUGCCCCCACUCCGGCCCCUGUCCUCCCAUCCAGCCCUGCCCAGAGCCCGCCAGCCACAGAAGGCAGCACAGGUGGUGAGUGGCGGGUGGCAGGCAAUGCCGGGGCCGGCGUGGGCGUGAGGGGCAAGUUUGAGCGGGCUGAGGAGGAGGAGGCCAGGAAGGAGGAGGCAGAAGCCAGGGAGGAAGAGGAGGAGGAGGAAGAGGAGGAGGAGAUGGUCCCUGCCCCUCAGCGUGUCACCGACCUAGAGCUGGGCAUGUACGCCCUGCUGGGAAUCUUCUGUGUGGCCAUCCUCAUCUUCCUGGUCAAUGGGGUGGUCUUCGUGCUGCGCUAUCAGCGCAAAGAACCUCCAGAUAGCGCCCCCGACCCCACCUCGCCCCAGCCCCACAACUGGGUCUGGCUGGGCACCGACCAGGAGGAACUGAGCCGCCAGCUGGACCGGCGGUCCCCUGGCCUGCCCAAGGCAGAGGGGGGCUGCCCCUGUGAGAGUGGGGGAGGAGGGGAGGCCCCAACCCAGGACCCCUGCCCUCCUGGGGGCACUUCCAGCUCCUCCAGCACCCUGGCCCGAAAGGAAGCUGGGGGGCGGCGGAAGCGUGUAGAGUUUGUGACGUUCGCGCCAGCCCCUCCGGCCCAGCUGCCUGAGGAGCCCGUAGGGGGCCCUGCCGUGCAGUCCAUCCUGGUGGCAGGCGAGGAGGACAUCCGCUGGGUGUGUGAGGACAUGGGGCUGAAGGACCCCGAGGAGCUUCGUAACUACAUGGAGAGGAUCCGGGGCAGCUCCUGACCCUCCCCAGCCCACCUGGCGCAGCAAGCGUGGGGUCCCAUAAGCCUCUAGCCUGCCCCCUCCUGCGGGUCCUCUGGUGCUUGUUAUUCAAGUCCCCUGUGUGGUCCUCUGCAAGGCCUCCCACCCAGGCCCCCCGCCCCGCCCCUUGUCAUGGACCGUGGUCUUGAGGAAGGGCUCAUGCCUCUUAUUUAUGGGAACCAUUGCAUUCUAAUGUUGGGUACAGAAUAAACCGAGAAGGAAACCACA